CUUUUAAGAGGCCCUGAAAAACACAUCAAAGUAGUUAUGCAAAUUGACUGUGACACAGGCAAUAUAACUUCCUACAUGAGUAAAAAAACAGUAGUGGGAUUGGAUCUAGCAGCUCAGCUGCAAUUCAAAAACGUGACCAAGAGACAUUUGGAGAAAUCUAGAAAUACAUUGUUAGCCUCAUUAGUCAUAUUUGUAGAGAACCACAGCAUCACACUGUGAAAUGACACUCUACCCACAGAGUCGCACACGACCCCUGGCUGUGCAUCUAGAACUGCUGAACACAUUAGCCAGUUAAUGGGAUACUUAAAAAGAGUGGGAGAGAAGAGGAGGAGAGUGGAGGAGGGAGAGCCAAAGUCAAAGGCCAGGAAGGGGGCAGGGAAGUCAUUGACAAGCAGAUAGAAAGUACUGAAAGAAAAGUGAGGCAAGUUGAAGAGGGGAGUGGAGCAAAAGAGGGAAGGAGGGGGAAGAAAAUGGAAAGGAGGGAAAGGGGUGAACCUCUUGGAGGACAUAAAUAGCUGAAAGAGGACUUGGAGUCUCGCAGUCACUCUUCCCGACAGCCACAAUCCAUCGCUCUCCUCUUCCCUUCUCCUCACCACCAGCCCUCCUCUCCACUCAUCUGCUGCAGCCCUUCAUUCAUCUGGACUCUGAGCAAAAAUCAGUCCUUCGUCCAUCCCCCAAAUCAGCCCUCAGUAUCAUGGACACCACAGGGAAAAUCCUCUCCAUCAAAGAGGCACUCUACCGCCUGAUCUUCAUGAUGCUGACACUCGGCCAAGGCGUUCAUUCAAUGCCCGUUCCUACAGAUGCCCCCAUGUGCACAGCCUCAGAAACUGCUCAGUACAGGUUAACGUUUACCGGCAAGUGGUCCCAGGCAGCGUUCCCUAAACAGUAUCCUGUGUACCGUCCACCUGCGCAGUGGUCAAACAUCAUUGGGGUGACUCACAGCUCCGACUAUCACAUCUGGCAGCGUAAUGAGUUUGCCAGCAACGGAGUGAGGGAGUUUGCGGAGAAAGGCGAGGCCUGGACGCUCAUGAAGGAAGUCGAGGCGGCCGGCGAGCGCAUCCAGAGCGUUUAUGGGAUCCUCUCCGCUCCCGCUGUUGUGGGAGGCACAGGCCAGAUGAACACAGAGUUCGAGGUCUUCGCCAGGCACUCCUAUCUGUCGUUUAUCGUGCGUAUCGUUCCGAGCCCGGACUGGUUUGUGGGCGUGGACAGUGUUGACCUGUGUGAUGGCGACCAAUGGAAAGAGAACGUGUCGCUGGAGCUUUUCCCGUACGAUGCGGGUACUGACAGCGGGUUCACUUUCUCGUCUCCCAACUUCGAGACCAUCCCACAGGACAGAAUCACACAGAUCACAUCUUCCUUCCCUAGCCACCCCGCCAACUCCUUUUUCUACCCUCGCCUGAAGCACCUGCCUCCCAUUGCCAAGGUGAUGCUGACCAAGAUAAAGAAGACCAAUCAGAUCAUCAGCCUGCCUGUGGAGCCCACCCAGUCCAACCAACUGCCCACAGGAAAUGAGAUUGAGGACAAGCUCAUAAAUACCCCUCUGGACUGUGAGGUGUCAGUGUGGUCUCCUUGGGGUUUGUGCAAAGGCAAGUGUGGAGACUCAGGCGUGCAGCACCGCACGCGCUACAUCCUAAUGCACCCGGCCAACAACGGAGCGGCAUGCCCCCUGCUGGAGGAGGAGAGGAAGUGCUUCCCAGACAACUGCUUAUGACUAAGCCAGGAACGGCGGGAGAAGAAAGAGAGAAAGGAGAGGAGAGAGAAGAAAGAGAGGAGAGCCAGGAAAGGGAGGAAAGGACGGAGACGGAGAAACAACAGCAAAAGGUCCGCGGCGUAUUCUCACGAGGCAUAAAUAUGAUGAACUCACGUCUUUUCUCCCUGUUUCUGUGGAAAUGUACUGAUUGAUUGACUGACAUUUAAAUCUGGAGAAUCACGCAACAAAAAAGUCUCAUCCUUGAGUCACUUUGAUAGAUCUGACAGUACAACAAGAGGUGUAGUUUGGCAAAACAGCUAUUAGACACCAAUUCGGUUUUGGCAGAUUAUCAAAAUUGUCUGGGGAGAGAACGACGCUGCUUCAAACAUUAACUGAACACAUUUUCACAUUAUAAUUGGGGUUUUGAAUCGACAUUUCCAGCGAUGACAGACAUUUGUUUGCCCACAGUGGAUUAUAAGUCCCAGCAGCUUUCAUUUAGUGGAUUUGGAAAUAAAUCCAUAUAAUUAUACUUAACAAAUCCACAUAAUAUCAGUUUGGGCACAGGGGAAAACAAAACGGCUCAAUAGUUCCACUGGCAGAAGUAAGGAAAUAGAUGUUCAGUCCUCUAAACUACACCAAAUUCAAAAACAUGUUUACAGAGACAUCACAGUUGUUUUCCUGAAGACAAAGAGUAUAUUUAUUGACAGGAUUUUAACCUGUAGUGUACAGUAUAUCAAAAUCUGAAAGUGAUGUGUAUUCCUUUAUGUAAGUGAGGUAUAAGUUCAAUACAGGAAAAAAUGUUUUUGUAAAAAACAGUAAAAAAUGUACAAAAAAAUGUCUGUCUGUAUGUUCAAUAAAGUGUAAAUAUAUCUUAAGAAGUCGCCUUCUUCAUCACAGUGUUCAUUUUCAGUCAUCAUACUUCAACUUCGUAACACACAAUCAUAAUAAUAAUUCCUUUAUAUGGAUUUUAAACCUUCUGUACAGCCUCUGCUCAGUUAAUGUUUGACCUUUAAAAUCUGAACCACACAUUUGGGCUUACUUACAUUCGUGCUCCCAAGGUAAUAUCACUAACACUGAGGCUGCAGGAUCAAAUUGAGUGGAGAGAGUAAUGCUUUAAACUGGAUGACCUGGGUUCAAGCCCCCGUGUUGGCCAGGAUUCGCCCUGAUGAAGUGUUGCUCAUAAAAUGGAUGAAUGAAUAAAACAGUUCCCCAAAUGUUGAUUUAGAUUAUGAGGCCUGAAGUCUCACAGAGCUCACUUCACGCUGUGACGUCCAGUGUAGCACAUCACAGUUUGAGUCAGGAGUUUAAUUUAACGGGCAAAACAGACGCCAGUUACACGAAAAGUGACCUAGAGGAGAUUUCUGGGCAGGAUGAAGACAACGCAAUUACAAACAGAUUGACAAAUUCGUCUUUAGCGAUAUUAGUGUAAAUAUGUACAACAGAUAAAGUCACGUAUCAACCCCUUCUUUCCCACCAAAGCAACACAGAAACUAUACUGCAGAUGGCAGAUUGAACAGCAAUAAGAACUAAACAUCUGGAGCAUGAAGGCGCUCCUUCUGUUUUGAAUGACAAGAGAAAGGAAAAGUACGGAGGCAGAAAAUCAGGAGGAACAGGAGAGGAGCAGAUGCAGAAUCUGGUUUUUCAUAACAGUAGUUUUAUGAGCUGAGUCUAAGAGACGACAGCACAACUGAGCUGAAUAUCAUCGAAAUCUCAAGUAAAUAAGAAAAG